UCGGAGUGUAAGAAACAACAACAACGACUCCCUUCAAUUCUUUAGCAGAAGAUUCAAUUCAACUGGAUUCGGAUACUCCAAGCUCACCACAAAUCCUCUGCUUCGCUCGGAACAGCAACGGCAAAGUCACCAUGGGCGAUUCCGACUCCAAUUCCAGCGGUGGUGCAGAUUAUGCAGAAAUCAUGGUAGUGCGUCACGGCGAAACGGCCUGGAACUCUGAUGGUAGAAUCCAGGGACAUCUGGAUGUUGAAUUGAAUGAUGCUGGGAGGCAGCAAGCAGCUGCAGUGGGCAGUAGAUUAGCCAAGGAUCCUAAAAUCUCUCUUGUAUACUCCUCUGACUUGAAACGAGCUUAUGAGACUGCUCAAAUAAUUGCAGCCAGGUGCGGUGGGCUAAAUGUUGUAACAGAUCCUGAUUUACGAGAAAGACACUUGGGCGAUCUUCAAGGCCUUGUAUUUAGAGAAGCGGCCAAACUUAGUUCUAAGGCCUACCAGGCCUUUAUAUCUCACCGUACAUGUCAAGAUAUUCCAGGUGGCGGAGAAAGUCUUGAUCAACUUUAUGACCGCUGCACAUCUGCAUUGGAGAGAAUUGGUGGUAAGCACAAAGGAGAGCGAGUAGUUGUGGUCACUCAUGGGGGUGUCAUCAGAUCACUGUACCAGCGGGCUUGCCCAAAUGGCAGUUCCAUAGGGAAAGUGGCCAAUACAUCGAUCAACACAUUUCACUUGUAUGAUGAGGACAAAUGGACCAUAAAAUCCUGGGGUGAUAUUAGUCAUCUGAAGGAAACAGAUUAUCUGGAAUCAGGUUUUGGAGGGGACGGAACUUCAGGUUAGUUCAUGCUUAGGUGCUCUUGCAAUUUGUAGGAAUCAAUAAAAUAAUGGAAUUUAUACGAUUGAGUAACAGAUUCGUGAAAGCCA